GUCAAGUUAGUAGACAGAGACGUUGUGUUGAACUGCACACCGAUAACUUUUCCAUUCCUCGUUAGUCUGCGACUUGCAAAUUAUUAGUAUUUACAAUUUGUAUUAGAAUAGACAAUAACCUUACAGCGAAGAACGCCUUAGAAAGAAGUAAAGCAGGAGGAAAAGGACAACUUGAACAUUUUCUCUGUUUUUUUUUUUUUUUUUUACUCCAACACAAGUUUAGAAUUCAUGUCUGUUUAUUUUUCCCCGCUUCACUGCUCUGUGUUCCUGCGCUCUGCUGACAUGACCGAGGUAAUGAUGAGCAACACCACCAUGGAUGACAUCCGGCUUAGUCCCAGCAAGGACCGCCUCUCCUACCAGAUCUUCCCGGACCCAUCUGACUUCGAGCGCUGCUGCAAGCUGAAGGACCGCCUGCCCUCCAUUGUGGUGGAGCCCACAGAGGGGGACGUGGAGAGUGGAGAGUUGCGCUGGCCCCCUGAGGAGUACCUAGUAGAGGAGGAGCAGGAGGAAGAGAAGAUGUGCGAGGAAGCCCCUGGCAAGGACAAGCAGUCCUAGAGCUCCCUUGAAGCAGCAGGACAAAGGACAUAGACAAGAGAGAGGGUGCCGGCCUACACAGCUGCCUGCCUUCAUCACCCCUCCCUCCUUUGAGAGGGCUCACACCUUUUUGCAAACUCUUUUUCCAUGUGCACACUCUGUUACGCCCUGGGGUAUGUUUCUGCUGACUGCAGUUCUUAUAAGAAGAAAGACCAGGGAAGGAGCCAGAGCUGAAGCUUUUCCUGUUGUGGGACGUUGCUCCUUUUGAGAUCUUUAUCAGAUUUGUGUUCUGUAUUUAUACUUAUAUUUUUUGUGUAUGUUUGUUUGAGUAGUGCAGCAGCGGUGGGUACUAAUUUGGGUGCGUCGCCCCCCCACAGCAGUAUUUGGGUACCUUUUUUUUUUUUUUCUGAUGCAUUGGCUUCCAAUCUGUCUGGAGUUCAGUAUUAUUCACUUUAUGCUUUCUCAUGUACUGGUUAUAUUAAUCUUAAUCUUCAGCCUGCCUUAAGGCCUUUGCUCACUGGAUCCAUUCCAUCCUUUUAGAAGCAGUUGUGUGUCAAUCUGUUGCACAGUAGAUGUGUUAAUAUCGUACUUCAGAGCGCUGAUGUGCAGUGGAGGCUUUGUAGGAAAUAUACCUAGUUUCAGUAUGUUCUGUAAAUUCUUACAGAACUUUGAACACAAACAUUUUUAAAUGUAGUAUAAACUUAAUGAUCAGCAAACGAUUAGAAGUUUACUAAUUAAGUUUCUACUAGAUUACAAUAAGGUUGUUAAGCAAAACAAACAAAAAAAAGAUUGCACAACACGCUUGUCCUAGCAUCAGGAACCAUAUGACCAAUAUUUAAUUUUUCAAACACUUGCUCCUGUCUAAAAGUUGGAAAGCUAGCAAUGAGCUACCGAAAAUAUUUUCCAUCGCUUUCAUCUACUGCCCCUCUUUUCUGACUGUUGAGCCCUGACUGCUCUUGCCCUGUCACGCUGCUUUCUCUGUCUCCAGGUUAUGCCAUUGUUUCUUCCUUAAUUACAAUUGAAAUAAAGUAUAUGCUUGCAGUAAUCUAUGCUACACAAAAUCCAGGGUUUCAUAAUAUGUAUCAUUCGUUCCCAAGUCCAUGGCAAUGUCUUUCCAUAUAUGCGUUUUUUUUUUUUUUAAUAUAUACACAGUCUUUGUUGCAUUUUAUAAAAGUAAUUUGUUUGGUAGCACACAAUUCCAUUUUGUUCAGGGUACUGCAAUAACCCAUGUGUCUUCCCAGUUUUUCAUUGGUCAUUUUUAACACACGUCAAAUCUAACUUGUUUCGAUUCCAAAAUUGACUCAAUGUUGUACGACAAUUACGGGCUCUGCAAGGUGCAACAGGGAAUGCCCCUCCCCCGUUUAGUCACUCGUUAAAUUCGGAUUCGUUAUCGGAUCCAGUGUGCAAUGUCCUUUUAUCAUCAGCUCACCAGAACCAGUCACUGUAAUCGGCAACACCCGCAGCUUCAGUCCUCUCUUUCCACUGCUCUUUGUCUGUCUUGUUCACUGUACUGGAAUUGUGCAGAUCCCGGAAACGCAGACCUUCACAGAACUUUUGUGAGGGGCGCUCCGCACUGUACAAGCCCAUGAAAGUACCUGUGGUAUUCAUGCAGCCUGGUUUUAACUAUCUGGGAAUUGGUGGUAUACCCUUUCUACAGUGAUCACUGUAUUCUGAAGGAAUUAACCCAUGUUGCAUCACGUGUGUGAGAAGUCCUCCUAAUCUUGCUUUCCCAUGGCCUGUUGAACUACUUUUAAGCAGGUUUGACAACCCUUCAGUCUGAGAUGUGGAUGCCUCUGUACUCCAUCAGAAAGGAGUGUGUCUGGCACUGCCAGCACAUUGCUGGCUUGAACCUGUGGCUUACUGUUGUAUGUGAUGUUGUUGUUGUUAUUAUUAUUACUAUUUUUUUUUUCUUUUAAAUAUACACACUCUGCAGAGAGCUUUUGUUUGACACCUCUAAGACCGCAAUAACAUCUUUUGCUUUUUCACAUCAUUCAGAACUGUCCUGGGAAACUAAAAACUCUGGCUCUUCAUCCUUUCCUUGCAACAUCGGAGCACUGAAAGACUAGUCUGUUUCCAAUACUGCAGCGCCGUCCCUUUUUAAAAUUAGUAAUGUUUACUGCACUUCAGACUUGGCAGAUGCAGGGGGCUUUGUAGAUAGCUCUGUAUGAUCCAGACAGCGUUCAAUUGCUGGUCAUGGGGUUGAAGCACUUAAAGGCAUCUGCAGAGGAUCUAGACUCUGAUCAUCUCAGAACGGUUUGGAUUUCCAUCACUGGGUGGGUAGGGGAGGCUCAGACAACACAUGUGUUUGGUGGAAUGUGCAGGAGCUAUAGAUCUGGCCAUUUUAAUAAUGACCCACAUAGGAAAACUCUUCCCCUAGUGAAGGUAACUUACCAGUCUGACAGAUCAAAGGCUGCUGUUAAUGCUGUUAGUUUUUGGGUUUAUCAGUUGCAACAGCUAGAACAGUGUGGUGUGGUGCGAACCCAAGCCAAAGCCGUGUGAUUGGGGGGGGGGUUGUGUGUGUUUUUUUAAAUAUUGCUUUAGGAAUAGUACCUGUCCUGAACAUGCUACAUUGAGUGAAUGGGGUUCUCAAAGUUGGCAGCUAUUGGUUAUUCUGUGAUGCCACACAGCAGUUCAAAGUACUCUUCUCUCCUGUGGUAAGCAGCCAGCCUGCCCAGUUUGUCCAGUGUAAGCAGGACCUCCCAUCUGCCUGCACAUUCCUGUCAUCUGUCUCCUCCUUUUCUACAAAUGUUUGUGUAAAUCCUAUGAUGUUGCUGAUCUCAAUGUAUCUUGGUGGUUCUCUGAAUAAAAAUAGCUCUGUACAUUUCUCUGUACUAAUACGUAACAUUUCUGUAUUAUCUUGCUUUUGUUUAAUGCUCAGGGAGAUAGCUGGCAUUUUUUUCAAACUACUUUUCUGUCAUGGUGACAGUUGUAAAUAAAUGUUUGGAAGUGC